CCGAGUCUCAAUAACCAAAGGGCUCCAUCUAAGAAAUGGUAACUCGACCUGAACACCCUCUACCGUCUGAUAAACCCUUGUCACACUAGCCUUUCUCAUAAAAGAUAAAACCCAAUGCUCCCCAUUUCUCAUAAGAAAUCGACUGUAUACGCGAAAUUACUUCGUCCCCUUAUCCCUUCACACCGUACCCACAAAAGAAAACCUUUAGAGGAUGCAUUCUUACGCCGCCUCCUUACACCUCCUCAACCCAUCCACCAAUCUUUCCUCUACCACCAGCCGGCGACUGCCCCCUUCUUCCUCCUCUUCUUCACUCGCUUCUCGACGCUCCACCAGUAUCAAAUGUCACCUCCCGUCUCAAAACCCUAAGCCGCAAAGGCUCAGUUCCUUCCUGCACUCCUUCUCCAAGCCCUUUGUGCUCGCCUCCGCUUCCGCUGCCACUCUCCUCAUCCGCAUCAGCCCCAUUUCCACCCGUCUCCCUGGAGGCGGUGGAGAUAACUUCGGCGGCAGCGGCGGCGGCAAUGGUGGCUUCUCUAGUGGUGGUGAUGGUGGUGGAGCUGGUUCCGGCGGCGGUGAUGGAAGUGGCAACUUCUGGGAAAAGAUCUUUUCGCCUUCGCCUGCAAUUGCGGACGAUAACAACCAAACCCAAGAAUGGGAUUCUCAUGGAUUACCAGCCAACAUAGUAGUUCAACUCCACAAGCUAAGUGGGUUCAAAAAGUACAAGCUUUCGGAUAUUUCAUUCUUUGACCGACAGUACCGGACCACGGUACGAUCUGAAGAUUCAUUCUUUGAAAUGGUUUCGUUAAGACCAGGAGGGAUCUACACAAAAGCCCAGUUACAAAAAGAGCUUGAAACUUUAGCCACUUGUGGAAUGUUUGAGAAAGUUGAUAUGCAGUGCAAAACUAAACCAGAUGGAACUUUGGGAUUAACCAUUUCUUUUACAGAAAGUACUUGGCAAUCAGCUGAUAGGUUUAGGUGUAUAAAUGUGGGGCUAAUGCCUCAAUCCAAGCCUAUUGAAAUGGACCCUGAUAUGACAGAUAGGGAGAAAUUGGAGUAUUUUAGGCAGCAAGACGAGGAAUAUCAGAGGAGGAUUGCGAAAGCUAGGCCUUGUUUGCUGCCAAGGCAAGUGCGUAUGGAAGUGUUGGAGAUGAUCACGAGCCGAGGGCAAGUGAGUGCUAGGUUGUUGCAGAAGAUAAGGGAUAGGGUUCAGAAAUGGUACCAUGAUGAAGGGUAUGCUUGUGCUCAGGUUGUCAAUUUUGGGAACUUGAAUACUAAGGAAGUGCUUUGUGAGGUUGUGGAAGGGGAUAUUACACAGCUUGUGAUUCAGUUCCUGGAUAAGCUUGGGAAUGUUGUUGAAGGGAACACCAAACUUCCUGUUGUCAGGAGAGAGUUACCUAGACAGCUUCGAAAAGGCUAUGUUUUUAAUAUUGAAGCUGGGAAACAAGCCCUGAGGAACAUAAACUCACUGGCUUUGUUUUCAAAUAUCGAGGUGAACCCACGACCUGAUGAGAAGAAUGAGGGAGGCAUCAUUGUUGAGAUAAAGCUCAAAGAGCUGGAUCAAAAAUCAGCUGAAGUCAGUACGGAGUGGAGUAUUGUACCUGGACGUGGGGGGCGUCCCACAUUGGCUUCCUUUCAACCUGGUGGAACUGUCUCUUUUGAGCACCGAAAUCUCAAUGGGCUUAACAGAUCCAUUCUCGGUUCCUUGACUACCAGUAACUUUUUUAAUCCUCAGGAUGAUCUUUCUUUCAAGCUAGAAUAUGUGCAUCCAUAUUUAGAUGGUGUUUAUAAUCCACGCAACCGAACUUUUCGUACAAGCUGCUUCAACAGCCGGAAACUGAGCCCAGUUUUCACUGGUGGGCCAGGAGUUGAUGAAGUUCCACCAAUAUGGGUUGACCGAGCUGGUGUUAAAGCUAACAUUACGGAGAAUUUCACCCGUCAAAGUAAAUUCACUUAUGGACUUGUGAUGGAAGAGAUAACAACGCGUGAUGAAAGCAGUCAUAUUUCUCCAAAUGGUCAAAGAGUUCUGCCAAGUGGAGGCAUCAGUGCAGAUGGACCUCCAACCACUCUUAGUGGUACUGGUGUUGAUCGAAUGGCAUUUCUACAGGCAAAUAUCACACGUGAUAAUACCAAGUUUGUAAAUGGGGCUAUAGUUGGUGAGAGGAAUGUGUUCCAGGUGGACCAAGGACUUGGGAUUGGCAGCAAGUUUCCAUUCUUUAACCGCCACCAAUUAACACUUACACAAUUUCUCCAACUAAAGGAAGUGGAAGAAGGUGCUAAUAAACCCCCACCACCUGUUCUAGUCCUUCAUGGCCAUUACGGAGGUUGUGUGGGCGACCUUCCAAGUUAUGAUGCUUUUACUCUUGGGGGCCCCUAUUCUGUGAGAGGUUAUAACAUGGGUGAGUUAGGUGCAGCCAGAAACAUUCUUGAGCUUGGAGCUGAGAUUAGAAUACCUGUAAGGAAUACACAUGUUUACGCGUUUGCUGAGCAUGGGAAUGAUCUAGGAAGUUCAAAGGAUGUAAAGGGAAAUCCGACAGAGGUCUACAGGCGAAUGGGUCACGGUUCAUCAUAUGGUGUUGGUGUCAAGCUAGGUCUAGUGAGAGCCGAGUAUGCUGUUGAUCAUAACACCGGAACUGGUGCAAUCUUCUUCCGAUUUGGAGAAAGAUAUUAAAAUAUGAUUUAGGGUCUAAUUUUGCUUGAUACAGGGUGGCCGUUUCGGUUUCUAGUUAUUGUUAGAACUGUUCUUGAUCUUUUGAGAUGCAUGGAACUAGGUAUGCGAUUUAAUCAUCUUUCUUGUUUCAAAUAAUUUUGUUUAAUCUUGUGCGUUAUACUUUUAUCGUGUUCUGUAAACAUUGAGAUGGAUCACAAGGAAACUGUUGGUGCUUGAUUAGACUUUCUGUACUUCUCAAAGACCCUUUUUGCCUAGUAUAUAUCUACCUAAAGCAGACU